AUGUCGGCUCCCAGAUCUCCCUAUCGUCAAUCCCAUCGCCAGUCGACCGGCUCACGUCGGCGAGAAUCGAACCACCCCAUCAUCCCGCUGGAGAAAGCACGCACCUCAGGAUACUCGGCCCGCGAGGAGCUACCAGUCCACAAUGGCCACCAUCACCGAGCCCCUCCGCCAGGAAACAAAGUCAAAGUAAAGCCCUCGGGCGAAAGUGGCCGCAAAGGCUUCCACCCCUUCAAGUUUCUCAAAAUUACGUGGAAGUCGUCGAGUCGGGCGUCUCUCGCCUGUAACUUCUUCUGGCCUGUGGUCCCCGCCGCCUUUGUCGUUCGUUACACUCGGCCUGAAGACCAUGUCUUGAUCUUCAUCCUCACUUACAUGGCCAUGAUUCCUUGUGCCAACAUGGUCGGUUUUGCUGGCCAGGAACUGUCCCGCAAGGUUAGCCACGUGUUCGGCGUGUUGAUUGAGACGACCUUUGGAUCCAUAGUCGAAAUCAUCCUCUUUAUGAUACUCCUAAGGAGCGACCAGUUCACCGUCAUCAAAGCCGCUAUCCUCGGUUCAAUUUUGGCAACAAUGCUCCUAUGUCUGGGGUUGUGUUUUAUUGCCGGCGGCAUGCGACGCGACGAGGCUGAGUUCAGUGAGACCGUCAGUGAAGCCGGUAGUGGCUUGCUACUCACGGCAGGUGUCACUUUGGCCAUCCCCGCCAUCUUCAGUUACUCUAUGGCCAAGUCGCUCACGGUCGAGGACCUCAAUAGCAAGACGCUCCACAUCUCACGGAUCGUCUCCGUCUUGCUUAUUAUAGCCUAUGGCGUCUUUGUGUGGUUCCAGGCCCGGUCACACCACGGUAUCUACGAUGCCAUCUUUGAGCACGAUGAGCAGCGGGACCACGACAAGCAUAAGGAUAUUAACAAGCCCAAGCUGACGCUGACGGAGUGCAUCAUUGCCCUCGUUAUCUCUAUUACGCUUGUGACCUUUAUGGCCUUCUACCUUGUCGAGCAGAUCCACCCCAUUGUCCUAAAGCAUGGCAUAUCGGACCAUUUCAUGGGCCUCAUCCUUGUGCCCCUCGUCGAGAAGGCCGCCGAGCACCUAACGGCUGUUGACGAGGCGUGGGACAACCAGAUGAACUUUGCCCUCUCCCACGUCCUGGGUGCCACGCUGCAGACGGCCCUGCUCAACGGCCCGCUUGUCGUCAUCGUCGCCUGGGGCCUGCACAAGCACAUGGACAUCGUCUUCGAGGUCUUUGACAUUGGCAUGCUCAUCUUGUCCAUACUGACAGUUGGAAACUUCCUGCGCGACCAGAAGAGUAACUACUUGGAGGGCUACCUCUGCGUCACCGUCUACGUCGCCAUCGCGGUUGCUGCCUUUUACUACCCCAACCCGGAAGGUCUCGGCGAGCAUUGA